UCUUCUUCGCGGAAAACGCCAUAUCCUCGACCUCGCUCUCCUUCCCUUCCAAAGCACACAUUCCACGUUCCAUUUACUACAACCCCACUCCCUCCUUCCAAAUUAAGCAUUUAAUUAACAUCAUUAACUUCGUAUUAACACUAAAAAAGUAAUAAAUCCGAGUAGAAUAAUCCAAAAAAAUCCGCCACAAAAUCCAUCUAAAGCAACCCACCGGUCCCCUUCUAUGGGCUGUGCUGCCUCUCGCGGUCGUUGCAUCGCCUUCUCUCCAACGCCGGCUCCUUCCCUCUCUCUUCCUCCCCCUCCGCCACCUCCUCCUCCGCCUCCACUGCCGACGCUUUUGUUAGGGAGAACCCCCACCCUCUCCUCUCCUAUCGUGGUACAUCACCCAUCCCUCCACCAGGGCGACUCUACCCAUCUCGUCUCCCUCACCUCCACCACCUACGGCUCCCUCAAAACCCUAGACGACCCCGAUCCCCAGCUCGCCGCGGCCUCUGCCUCACCCACCGCCGUCAUCAACGCCUGGGACCUCAUGGACGGCCUCGACGACCUCCCUUCCCCAACCUCCGCCUCCAAGAAGCCCUACCUCCUCCCCCGAUCCCUCACGUACCACCACCACCACCACCAUCGCGCGAUCAAGGCCAAGGACGAGCAUCCCGCCGUUAAACCCCUCUGGAAGCACCUCGCCGAUGAGCCCAAGCGCCCCAAGGUCGUCCUGUUCUCCACGUCCCUCCGCGGCAUCCGUCGGACCCACGAGGACUGCUGCACCGUUCGCGCCAUCCUCCGCGGCUUCCGCGUCGCCGUCGACGAGCGGGACGUGUCGAUGGACGCCGCCUACCGGCGGGAGCUGCAGGCGCUGCUGGGAAAGGGCCGGCCUUUCUCGCUCCCCCAGGUGUUCGUUGGCGGGCGCUGCCUUGGUGGCGCGGAGGAAAUCCGGCAGCUCCACGAGGCUGGGGAGGUGGGGCGGCUUCUCGAGGGGGUCGCUGCGGAGGAUCCUGCGUUCGUGUGCGGCGGCUGCGGCGGGGUUCGGUUCGUUCCGUGCCCUAAUUGCAGCGGAAGCCGCAAGGUGUUCGUCGAGGAGGAGGGGAGGAUACGACGCUGCGAGGAGUGCAACGAGAAUGGAUUGGUACGCUGCCCUAACUGCUGCUCUUAGUGAUGCUCCCCCACGAAAAAAAUGGAAAAAUCGUUCCUGAAAUUAGAUAUGAAGAAAUGAGAAUCGAGAAGGAAGGAGAACUAAAUAGAUUAUUUUUUUGUAAUUUUCUUUCUUCUUUUUGGGCCAAUUUGGAUGUAAUUUAAUUGCAGUUGAUUGAUUCUCGAAGGGGUUGGGAAUCAAUUGAGAUGUGUAUGGAAGUAGUGGUUUUCUUGGGAUAUAAGAAAUGUGGGCUAUAAAUGAAGGGGUUGUCAGUUGUGUGGAUUGUUGGAUACUUGGUACAUAUGAAGGGGAAAGAACGUCUGGGUUCUUGUCCUUAAAAAGUGUAUCGUUGUUAUGAUGGAAAUAAAAUUGUUUGUAUUAAAACUAUGGCAAUCAGUUCAUCCAUGUAAAUAUGGAGCCUGGUUUGCUUACUUUUUAUAA